AUGGUAACGUCCUUCCAAAGUCGUGCACAACAAAAUGUUGAUCCAAGUGAGACUUUCAUAUUCUUCAACAAGCAGAUCAAAGGAAACAAGAGGGAGAUCAUACAGCUAGGUGGGCGUUAUUUCAACCUACCACAGAGGAAGCUAAUUGCUGUCAUUGACCACCUUGUUCUUUGGCGUUUAAUACCAGAAAGCAGGAAACCAAACAGUGUCAUCAUCAACUUCUUCGAUGAGGAUGAACAUUCGCAGCCCUACUUCAAGCCUCCCCAUCUGGACAACCCCAUUUGCACUCUUCUGCUGUCUGAAACUACGAUGGCAUUUGGCAGGUCACUUGUCACUGACAGCAACGGCAACUACAAGGGACCUCUCACACUCUCACUAAAGAAAGGGCUCAUGGUCAUGGAAUUGCGCUCCAAAAACCUGCAGGUCCCUAUUAGUGAUGCGUGGGAACAGUGCCGACAUGGCGCGCCAUGUGGUGUGCCCGUCGUCCAACCGGCGCGUGAGCAUCACGUUCGCAAAGGGUGGCCAUCCACGCCGGUGGACCUGAGCCCACUCCCGUCCCCCACCAAGGCCAUGACGCCCUGGCAGCCGCAGCCGGCCACGGCCUCCCAGGUGGCGGCGCCCGCGUGCAUAACGCAGAAGCCCCCGGUCAGCGGUGCCAUCAUCGGUUAUGCCCCGACCCCGCAGGCCGUGCUGGCGCCCGCGGCCUGGGGCAUGGCCAUGCGCGCGCCCGUCAUGAUGGUGGCCGCAGCGCCUGCGAGGCCCAUGGUGAUGGCCUCGUCGGGCACCGGCGGCGGCAACAUCAGCAAGCGGAUGGGCCGGAGCGGCACCGGCGUGUUCCUGCCGUGGACGGUCGGGCCGAAGCGGUACAACAAGCACCUUCCGCCGCUCAUCCAGAAGCGCCGGUUCUCGGCGAUGAUGUCGCCCAUCGAGGCACAGGGCUGA